ACCCCCCCAUUUCCAGUUUUAACCGACGAAACACACUCUGAAACACCCACACAGCCUCUCUUUCUCUCUCUUCAGCACAGGCAAAACACACACUAAAUACACUGCUCUUCACACACCUGCUUCAACUUUCUCUCUCUAGCCAGCAUUGUCUUCCUACAGACCACACUUCUUCGAUUACUGUAGGAAUAUGGCUUAUUGAUUUUGACCGGUAUUAUGAUGUGAAACCCUAGCCUCGGUAAGCCUACGGUUAGGGUUUUCAUAUUUUGUACUCUGGAACUCAAUUCUGUUUGGGUAUCUCUGGAUUUAGAUGGGGAAUUGUUGCAGAUCUCCAGCGGCUGUUGCGAGGGAAGAUGUGAAGUCUUCGAACUACUCUGGUCACGAUCAUAACAACAAGAAGGACAAGUCUAACGUUGCCAACGGUAAGAAGGCGCCGAUCACUGUCCUAACUGAUGUGUCCAAGGAAAAUAUUGAAGAGAAGUAUAUGUUGGAUAGGGAGCUUGGACGCGGAGAAUUCGGAGUGACCUACUUGUGUAUAGAUCGGAGGUCGAGGGAAUUGUUGGCUUGCAAGUCGAUUUCGAAGCGAAAACUACGGACGGCUGUGGAUGUUGAGGAUGUGAGGAGAGAAGUGGCUAUCAUGAAACACUUACCGGAAAACUCGAGUAUUGUGACGUUGAGAGAGGCUCGUGAGGACGAGAGUGCGGUGCAUUUGGUGAUGGAGCUGUGCGAGGGAGGUGAGCUGUUUGAUCGGAUUGUUGCGCGUGGGCAUUACACGGAGCGUGCAGCUGCGGCAGUGACUAGGACAAUAGUGGAGGUUGUGCAGCUGUGUCAUAAGCAUGGAGUGAUUCAUAGAGACUUAAAGCCAGAGAAUUUCUUGUUUGCAAACAAAAAGGAGAAUUCGCCUCUCAAAGCUAUUGACUUUGGCCUGUCUAUCUUCUUCAAGCCAGGUGAGAGGUUCUCUGAAAUUGUCGGAAGCCCAUAUUACAUGGCUCCAGAGGUGCUUAAGCGUAACUAUGGACCAGAGAUUGAUAUAUGGAGCGCAGGGGUCAUUCUUUACAUAUUAUUAUGUGGCGUGCCUCCAUUUUGGGCAGAGUCGGAACAAGGGGUUGCACAAGCCAUUCUUCGUGGGCUAAUAGAUUUCAAACGUGAACCAUGGCCUAGUGUUUCUGAAGGUGCCAAGAGUCUUGUACGUCAAAUGUUGGAGCCAGAUCCAAAGCUACGCCUUACAGCUAAACAAGUGCUUGAACAUACUUGGCUCCAAAAUGCUAAAAAGGCUCCAAAUGUUCCUCUUGGUGAUGUUGUCAAGGCAAGACUAAAGCAGUUCUCAUUGAUGAAUCGGUUCAAGAGAAAGGCUUUGAGGGUUAUUGCUGAUUUCUUGUCCAAUGAAGAAGUUGAGGACAUUAAGGAAACGUUCAAAAAGAUCGACACUGAUGAUGAUGGUAUUGUUACACUUGAAGAACUAAAAGCCGGACUACAAAAGUUGAAUACACAGCUUGCAGAGUCUGAAGUUCAGCUGCUUAUUGAAGCUGUAGACACUAAUGGGAAAGGUACCCUGGAUUACGGGGAAUUUGUUGCCAUUUCACUUCACCUCAAAAAGAUGGCAAAUGAUGAGCAUCUACAUAAGGCCUUUUCAUACUUUGAUAAAGAUAGUAACGGUUAUAUAGAGCCUGAGGAGCUUCAGAAUGCCCUCAUGGAAGACGGAGAUGCCGAUGGUGCAAAUGUUGCUAACGAUAUCUUCCAAGAAGUCGACACAGAUAAGGAUGGCAAAAUUAGCUACGAGGAGUUUGCUGCGAUGAUGAAAACGGGAACCGACUGGAGAAAGGCUUCUCGACACUACUCGAGAGGAAGAUUUAACAGCCUGAGCGUGAAGCUGAUGAAAGACGGUUCUCUGAACUUGGGGAGUAGCGAGUAAGGUUUGUUUCCCUCGCCGGGAAUUUCUUUUGUUAUUAUGGGUUUAUGUUUGGUUAGAUUCCAUUAUUUCCUCUUCUUCAACAUGUUCUAAGUUUGUGUUACCCAUAUUGAUUCUGGCCUUUCUACUACUUGCUUCCAUGUUUCCAUACCUUUUGCCUGUUUACUACAUGAAAUCCUUAAAAGAUCUUUUAGGGCUUCAGUACAUUCUAGGACUGGUUGCUUGGUUUUCUAUUAAUAUCUGUAUGGAUAAAGCUGUUUGUGUGGAUUAAUGUCUGUAUAGAUUG